UCCAUGGGCUCUUUGAGAGAUGAUCAGAGGGAGGCCAGAUGAUCUGCACAACACGCACACCACUGUUCCUCGUCUGCAAACGCAGCAUCGGAGUGUUCUCCCCAGCCCCACACCCCCCGGCUUGCCCGAUCGUUUCCGGAUGUUUCGCAGCUGCGAGUGGGAGGUCCUGGAGCGAUCCCUCAAUAUCCUCCAGGCCAGUGACUUCUACUGGGGCCCCUUGUCCGUGGGGGAGGCUCACGCCAAGCUCCAGAGGGAGCCUGUAGGCACCUACUUGGUGCGGGACAGCUCGCAGGGGAACUGCUUGUUCAGCCUGAGCGUGCGGAUGCCGACGGGGCCCGUCAGCCUCCGAAUCUCCUUCCAGGAGGGCUAUUUCCGCCUGAAGAACUGGUUUUCAGACUGUGUGGUCCGACUGCUGGAGCUGGUGGUGGCAGGGACCCGGAAUAACCCCUUGCACUUUGAUGAGAUGGGCGGAACCCCCCUGGUGUUCUCUGAGCCCCUGUGCCGGAGCCGCCGGGCAGUGCCCACGCUGAGAGAACUGUGCUGCCGGAGCCUGCCCACUGGUGCCGUGAUGGGGGAUGGAGCAGGGCUGGGGGGCUCCUUGGGGAUGUGUCUGAGGGAGGAGGUGGUCUCACCCCCGGACAGAAGGGGAGCAUCAGAGGGGAACAUUGUCCCCAGCCCCUCUCCGUCCUGGGCUGGGAGAUGA